AUGGGUAGGGUGAAUGUGCGCUGGCAGUGUGAGCAGGAUGUGUUGGGCGAUGCUAUGUCGGUUGCCGUUGUGGUGCUGGUAGAGGUGACCGCGCUGGCGGGUGGAGAGUUGAUGGGGCUGUGGAUGGGAAGUUUGCGGGUGUGCAAGGUGAGCUAUUGGACGAUCAAAUGAGUUGCCCUAUGGUCCGCGAUAGCACAUCCGCUUUGUGCAGCCUUGGAAGGUCAUAUUCGUGUGCAGUAUGGGGAUCACUGAGGACCAGGAACCUGGAGUCAUCGGGAUUUAUGAGCUCACGCGAACCUUCUGCUCUUGAGUUGCCCCAACUUAAGAUGGUAGCUUCCUAAUGAUCGGAUGUCUAGUUUCUCCAAAGUGCGUUCCAAGUUGAGAGUUUGAGUCUAGACUCCGAGUUACCGAUUUGUGCUCUUGUAAGCUAGUUUGCAACUUCCGCUCGGUUUCCCCAAUAUCGUUUCAGCCCCCAACAUUGCAACUUAUUCUGUAGACAACUGUUGAUGUUGCAGUGGAUGGCAGAAUGUCCUCAGGUUUCAUUAAACAACGCCGGAUUGUUGCCUGGGGACAAAAGGCUAUGCCUACUAAUUUGAGUUGUAAUGGGGUGUAGGGGUGUUCAGCAGUGGGUUCACGUGACGGACGUAGUAGGUCGCUCGCUUGCUUGCAGGUGUAGACUACGCCUAGAACCCAUUUACUGGCACCCAACCCUCACAUGUGGCUCCCCGAAGCUAGGCUCUGUCUACUGGCCACACCUCGGCAACCGCCUCGACCGGUGAGCUAGAACAGGUGAGGAUAUCCAGGUGUGCACACAGUAAUCUCGGCUCCGCUGGCCGGCAAUGGUAUCCCCGUGAUGGGGUCCCAUAUGGAACACCGUAGGAGGCCACAAGGUAAGGGAGUCACUAGGUUAGCGAACAUUGUUCUGCUGCCUUUGCUUUUGCUUGUUCUUCGUUAUCUGCCUUCUGUCGGCUUGUUUGUGUCUGGCCUUAUUGUAAGCUAAAUGCAGUUCUGUUGAGUGUGUCUGCGCAUCGUUUAUAUUUCAGCCGCCAGUUAGCUUAAAGAGGAUUCCGAAAAUUUUACAUUUUGUUUCUCUAUACUUCCCCCACCCCUUCAAGCUUACGGCGAUAUCGUAGGAGUCCCAGGCUAACUCGGGUCAUCCUCCCAUUAAACAGAAGUCGUGGCCCAUGGCGGAGUUCGGCUGCCGUAUGGGACAACUAAGCAGCACUAUUUAGAGAGAACACUGCUCACCCCCGUGAGGGCGAAGGGGCUGGAAAGGCUGCCCCAAACAAAUGCUGAGAACCCACGCCGUCUGCAGGCUGGUUGUGGCCUCAGACACAAAACUCACGGUCGAAACAACCAAACGAGAAACAAUACUAUGUCUCUCAUCCCCCUCCUCCUCAUGCAGUCCCAACUCACGGGCUCGUUGGGUGAGCCCGCUCAUUUUGGCAGCCUGGAAUGACUGUCCCUUUUAGACUUUUAGAAGCAACCGACCAGAACGGUGGACAGCGUUAGUGGAUCGCGAACUAGCGCGCUACAAGGUGGGCAUCGCUGAACUCGGCAAGACUCGCUUCUCCGAACCGGGCCAACUGGAGCAGGUUACUGCCGACUACACCUUCUUCUGGAGCCGUCGCCAAAAGGCAGAGCGACGGGACGCGGGCGUCGCCUUUGCCAUCCGAAAUGACAUCGUGGGACGACUACCCUGUCUGCUGCAGGGCAUCAACGAUCGCCUGAUGAUUCUCAAGGGAGGCAAAUUUGCCACUAUUAUCAACGCCUACGCACCCCCGAUGACCAUCCCCGACGCCGCAAGGGGCAAAUUCUACGAGGAGCUGCAUGCCAUUCUGGCGACUGUCUUGAAUUUGGAUAAGCUGAUUUUCCUUGGUGACUUCAAUGCCCGCGUCGGCACAGACCAUGAUGCCUGGAGAGGAGUGUUGCGUCCCCAUGGUCUCAACGGCUUCAAUGACACUGGUCUGCUCCCUCUACGAACCUGCGCAGAACAUGACUCAUCCUGA